UUCUACGCCCCAGCCUGGGGUUACGCGGACCACCCUAAGUGCCGGGUCGAACGCUGGCAGAGUGCCCGGCCCUUCUCGGGGACAGUCAGCUGCAGGCGGGCUAGGGCUAGUGGGGUCACGCCAGACAGGCGGUCAGAAGUAUGGCUGCAGCGGCGACAGCAUGCGAACCGGUGACCAGGCCAAGCCUGACGUCCAUCUCGUCGGGGGAACUGCGCAGUCUGUGGACGUGCGACUGCGAGCUGGCCCUGCUACCUCUGGAGCAGCUGCUGCGCCUGCAACCCGGAGCCUUCCAGCUACGCAGCGACCAACUCACCGUGCCGGGACCCGAGGAGCCCGCAGCCACGCGCGGGGGCUUCAACGUCUUUGGCGAUGGCUUCGUGCGCCACGACGGGCAGCUCUACCGCCUCAGCAGUUACGUCAAGAGAUAUGUGGAACUGACCAACUACUGUGAUUAUAAAGACUACCGGGAAACCAUAUUGAGCAAACCAAUGCUGUUCUUUAUUAAUGUGUUGACCAAAAAGGACACUUCAAAAGAGAAGACGUACGCAUUUCUGGUGAACACGAGGCACCCCAAGAUUCGAAGACAGAUAGAGCAGGGCAUGGACAUGGUCAUCUCCUCAGUGAUUGGAGAAAGUUACCGACUCCAGUUUGAUUUUCAGGAAGUAGUGAAGAACUUUUUCCCUCCAGGAAACAAGGUGGUUAAUGGAGAAAACUUGACUUUUGCAUAUGAGUUCAAAGCUGAUGCAUUGUUCGAUUUCUUCUAUUGGUUUGGGCUCAGCAAUUCCACUGUGAAAGUGGAUGGAAGAGUCCUGAAUUUGUCAAGCACCAGUCCUGAGAAGAAGGAGACGAUUAAGUUAUUUCUGGAAAAAAUGAGUGAACCUUUAAUUCGAAGGAGCAGUUUCUCUGACCGGAAAUUCAGUGUCACUUCCAGAGGUUCAAUAGAUGACGUUUUCAACUGCAAUCUGUCACCCAGAUCAUCCUUGACGGAGCCUCUUCUGGUAGAAUUCCCAUUUCCCAGCGUUCUAGAAUCUGACGAGACACCCACACAGUUGAUCUGAUUGGACGGAACUUGGUCAGUCCAAUAUGCUUAGCCUGAGCCGGACUACAGGUUGAAAGGACAAGAGGAAAUGGGAGGCAGACGCUUCCACCUGCUUGUAAACCCCUGUCUCCUCCACGGCUUCUACCGAGGGUGCUUCUGUUCCAUUUCUCUUGAUGCCUUGGCAGGCCCAAUGCAUCUGACUCCCUUCAAGAUUAUGGCUACCUGGAUAAAAAGGCUUAGCCCCAUGGCAUAGCUGGCUAGUGGUGGCAAUGAUGGGGUAAUACUCUCCCUUUUGAAUCCUUUAAUCUUCAAAGAUGCAGAACAGGACUGGACGUUUUGUCCAGGACUCCACUCUCUCAGAGUUUCCCUGGCAGUCACUGUGGCUAUUGUCUGACCUUUACAUGCUUUCUAAGUGAGGAGUUGAUUCUGCUUGGGGCAUCCUUGUGUGUCCCCAAUCCCAGGGAGUAUAAGGCUCACUGCACUGUUGUCUUGUAAACCCUGGAUGAGCACUAGGCCUGUUCCAUCAUUCAAGGGCAGACAAGUGUGAUUUUUAUCCUUCAUAUGUAUGUACACUCAAGGCAAAGCUUGCUGGUACAGCAGCCAGGUUGCUAGGAAGGUAAUUCUGCCACCCACUGCCUGAACUGUGAACUCACUCGACCUGCCACAUAGGAGGAGGCCAGGUCAUGUGAGACCAAGCGACAAUGGGAUGGAAAGCACACACACUGUCCUCUUUGUGAAAACACAUGAUGUGAGCUGGGUAUUUUAAAGAAGCUUUUUAGCAGUCUUAACACAAGAAGCAAAAUAGCAUGUUCCAAGGCUACCACAGCACAUUGUUAUAGCAGCACAUUUUUCAUCUCAUGACUGUAGCAGAAUUCUUCAAAAGCAAAAGAAUCAGUCUAUCAACACACAUAAACUUGCAUGAAUGAAUCACUCUGCAAGCUUGUAACGAGGAAGAGUUAUAGAUCCUGAGAAUGGUUUUUCUGUAUUUUUACAAGUGCUCCUGUGUGACACAUUUUGCUACUACUGCAGGCCCUUCCACCUAUAUUGGAAAUGUUAUAUACUAUGUGUGCACAAUUAAAACUUUCUUUUUCUUUU